ACUGUUCAGUCACCGCUCACCGGAGACCAGCUCCAGAGAAGCAAAAAGGUCUCUCCGGUGGAGUGAGAUCGGGGCCAUUCUUUACCUCUACUUCCGGCACUCCACUAAGGGAGGAUGGCGGGGCGGAGAGCAUCUCCGGCGGCUGCAAUGGCACUUGCAUUAGCGGCGACGCUUGUGGUGCUCUGCUCGGCCAGCGAUCCGUCCGCUUACUUCGACUGGAACGUCGCGUACAUGAAAGCCGCGCCGCUCGGGGUGGAGCAGCAGGUAAUAUCGAUCAAUGGAAAGUUUCCUGGACCCGUCGUCAAUGUCACGACCAACUGGAACGUGGCGGUGAAUGUGCUCAAUAGCCUCGACGAACCGCUUCUCAUUACUUGGGAUGGCGUUCAACAAAGGAAAAAUAGCUGGCAAGAUGGAGUGCGCGGUACGAACUGCCCGAUCCCAGCUGGAUGGAAUUGGACUUACCAAUUCCAGGUCAAAGAUCAAAUUGGGAGCUUCUUCUACUUCCCCUCAACCCUCUUCCAGCGUGCAGCAGGUGGGUAUGGAGGAUUCACGAUUAACAACAGGCCGAUUAUCUCGGUGCCUUUUGACACGCCAGAUGGCGACAUCAGUCUCUUUGUGGGUGACUGGUUCAACAAGAACCACAAGGAUUUGAGGAAGGAACUUGAUGAAGGGAAGGCUUUGGGGAUACCGGAUGGCGUGCUUAUUAAUGGAAAGGGUCCUUAUAGGCACAACAAAACGCUCGUUCCA